UUGUGCAGAAACGUGUGGAGCUCUGGUGAGGAAACACAGCAGGUGAGCUCAACUAGCUGCUGGUCUGACCUGGUCUCCCAACAACCAUUGGCAUAAAAACAUUGGCCUUGGCCUCUUUCCUACUGGAGGGGCAUAGGUGAAGGAGUGGACCAGGCCUCCUCUCUUAGUCUGCCAUUUACUUAAUUUUGUGUCAAGAGGUGGAUUGAGGUGCUUAGAAGACCACCCAGAGCAUGGGGCAGAAGGUUCCGGGAGGCAUAAAGACGGUGGACAUGCGGGACCCGGCGUUUCGGCCCCUCAAGCUAGAGCUGCAGGCCCUGGAUUACACCAAACCAUCCCGCCUGGAUAUGUUGUUAGACAUGCCAUCAGCCUCACAGGACAUCCAAGUGCAACACUCGUGGAACAACGAUGACCGAUCGCUCAACAUCUUUGUUAAAGAGGACAAUAAACUCAUAUUUCACAGGCACCCUGUAGCACAGAGUACAGAUGCCAUCCGGGGCCGAGUGGGAUACACACGGGGACUGCAUGUUUGGGAGAUCAGCUGGGCAAUGCGCCAGCGGGGCACUCAUGCUGUUGUUGGAGUGGCGACAGGUGAAGCCCCAUUGCAUUCAGUAGGAUACACUGCACUUGUAGGAAACAAUAGCGAGUCCUGGGGCUGGGACCUAGGACGGAACAAACUCUAUCAUGAUGGUAAAAACCAGCCCAGUAGGACAUAUCCAGCUUUUCUUGAGCCCGAUGAGACGUUUAUUGUGCCAGACUCAUUUUUGGUGGUCUUGGACAUGGAUGAGGGGACUUUAAGUUUUAUCGUUGAUGGACAAUAUUUAGGGGUUGCUUUUAGAGGACUCAAAGGAAAGAAGCUAUACCCUGUAGUGAGCGCUGUGUGGGGACACUGUGAAAUCCGAAUCCGGUACAUCAAUGGACUUGAUCCUGAACCUCUGCCAUUAAUGGACCUCUGUAGGCGCUCUGUACGGGUGGCAUUGGGAAGAGAACGACUGAGUGAAAUCCAUGGACUGCCCUUACCAGCCUCCCUAAAGAACUAUCUACUCUACCAAUGAUGAUAGUAGUGCCUUUACAAGCAUUCAAGGCAUAGCAACUGCCUCGGAUUCUCUCUGGGAUAAAUAGUCUUUCUGGCAAGCCUGUUUCAUCAUAGUUCUUGGUACCAACGAUACUGUUUUUACAAAUCCAACCAAGGACACCUCAUGCUUGAUGCUUUCAGGAUCAAGCAUGGAUUCGUCUUUUGCUUCACUCAUGUACUGGAAAUCAAACCGGAGGCUUAGGCCAGAAUCCUGUGGCAGAUUUGAAAACAAGAACCCUUCUUCUCUCUAAUCAUGGCUUGGUAACUUCAGCUGUUAAAGGCCUUUUUACUUUUUAUGAUUUUUUUUUUUUUUACUCCAUCCCCUUUUUUAAUGAUGUAUUGGCAUACCUUAAGCUUUCUUGUAUCAUGUCAUUAGCUUGUGGGUCCACAAGGCAACUCUUUGUGGCCAAUGCAAAACAAAUUCCAUCUCAAGACCGUUAAACUUAACAACCAAGUUUUUAAGUUAAUAUUGACUUUUUAUAUAUUGCGCUUUUUAAAUUAUCCCAUUGCAGUCAGUAUACUGUAGUAGCUGAGUCCACUUCAGAUCAGUAGCAGCGGUUAGCAUUUUAGCUAAUGGAAGGCGAGGUCUCCCCCUGCACACUCUUGGCAGGUUAAAAAUAGCCUGGUUUUAGCUGUAAGUCUGACCGUCUGGCCUGGAAAAACAGUCGUUGACGUCUGUGAGAGGGGGGGAGUUUAGAGGCUAGCAUUCAUGGAAACGGCCACUGCUAGUGUGCUAUGCUAGCUCUUUAAAACCACUCAACGGGUCCCUCGCCUCUAUUCACACUGCAAUAUCAGAAAGUGCCUGGCUCAAAAUACUGAUACAUUAGGAGAGAGCCAUGAUUUGAAGUCCUUUUUAUAAUGAAUGAAAGAUGUCAUCACUGUGAACCUAUGUAGCAUACGUUGAUCAAUAAGAGGUUGUACAGCUUGCUUUGUGUAAUGGCCCCUAAAUCCUGUGAACACCCACAUUGGCAAUUUAGUUUUUAUCUUGAGGACUGUUUUAAUCUGUUGAUGAUUUGGGGAAAGCAGGAAUGGAGUAGUGACACUGCUGUGUGGUGCCUUGUCUAUGAGUUAAUGAGUGAAACGUGGGCAAAUGUUGAUGCUCUAUUUCUUAAGUCUUGAUGCUGAGAAGGUAAGAUUGCCAAUUGUUGUUUUUCUGUGUUUUUUUCCCCCCUCCCUAUUCUAGUAUUUUUAGAUGUGUUAAUCUAGUUCAUGUUUGGCAGCCAUUUUGCUAAGCAUGAGGGGGAUAGUUUGGUUGCCUGUUUUUAAACCCUUUCUGCCUGGAGACCACCAUUCUCUUUGUAUUAAGUGAUGUAGAUAAUAUUGGUAACUAUCUAAUAAAGUUUAUUAUAAUUUAAAACA